AUGGCUGAAAUCUUCACAAAAGACGAUGAAACGAUCGACCUCAACACGAGCCUGACCGAGUCCGAGGGCAUUGACGUAAUUUCCACACACACCGGUCAGUCGAAGCUCUGCACACGUGGCCACUGGCGGCCGGCCGAGGAUUCCAAGCUUAAGGAGCUCGUCGCCCUUUACGGCCCCCAAAAUUGGAAUCUCAUCGCCACAAAAUUAGAUGGACGAUCAGGUAAAAGUUGUAGGUUGAGGUGGUUUAACCAGCUGGACCCGAGAAUAAACCGGCGGGCCUUCACGGAGGAGGAGGAGGAGAGCCUGAUGGCGGCCCACCGGGCUUACGGCAACAAAUGGGCCUUGAUAGCCCGUCUUUUUCCGGGCCGGACGGACAAUGCAGUCAAGAACCACUGGCACGUCGUCAUGGCCCGAAAGUACCGCGAGCAGUCGACCGCCGGCCGCCGCCGGAAAACGGGGCAGUUUGUUUUCAGGGAGGCGGAGGACGCCAAGCAACCGGCGGUUCAGUUGGGCGGCGGUGGUCAGGGGAGCAGGGGAUUAUUGUGGGAAACGCAUAUUUCUUCUAUUGGUUAUUAUCCAGACACAGGUAUUUACAGUGGUAAUAAUAACUACGUUAAGAAUGAAUGGGACAUGGAGACCAAUUCGUGUAACUAUUUGCAUUAUCCUCUUGCCAUCCAACGGUCAGAUUAUCAUCACCCGCAUGAUUUUUUCGCAUCAAAGGCUCAGAAGGUUUGGCCCAUGGAAGUCUCAGCCGCAGAGGAUAAGAGCUCACCACCUUUUAUAGACUUUCUUGGUGUUGGGGCUUUGUGA